ACAGCUACUUAAUGCCAUUCUGCCAGUGAGUUCUUGAACAAUCCCGUCUUUAACAAGUCUGAUAUUAAUGAAGCAUCUUCCUAAAGGGUUGAAGCGUUCUUCCUGAAUCAUCAAUUUGUUAAUGAAGCAUGACUUGUAUUGAACAAGACAAACUGGGUCAAGCAUUUGAAGAUGCCUUUGAAGUAUUGAGGCAACACUCAGCUGGCGACCUUCAGUACUCCCCAGAUUACAAAAAUUACCUGGCUUUCAUCAACCAUUGCCCUCAUGUCAGAGGAAACCCCAAUUGCUACGGAAUGUUGCCUACAGAGGAACCUGUCUAUAACUGGAGAACCGUAAUCAACGGUGCUGCGGACUACUAUUUUGAAGGAAAUAUUCAUCAAUCUCUGCAGAAUAUCGCUGAAAGCCAGCUAGUACAACCUGCUGUUCUCCAGCAAAAGGGAGGAAAAGGCAGGAAGAAACUCCGACUGUUUGAAUACCUUCAUGAAUCUCUUUGUAACCCCGAGAUGGCAUCUUGUAUUCAGUGGGUAGAUAAAACCAAAGGCAUCUUUCAGUUUGUAUCAAAAAACAAAGAAAGACUUGCAGAACUUUGGGGAAAAAGAAAAGGCAACCGGAAGACCAUGACUUACCAGAAAAUGGCCAGAGCGCUGAGGAAUUAUGGAAGAACUGGAGAAAUCACCAAAAUCCGGAGAAAGCUAACUUACCAGUUCAGUGAGGCCAUUCUCCAAAGACUUUCUCCAUCGUAUUUCUUGGGGAAAGAGAUCUUCUACUCACAGUACAUCCAGCCUGAUCAAGAAUAUCUCAGUCUCAAUAACUGGAAUGCAAGUUAUAAUCCUAUGUAUGCCAAUUACCAUGAGCUAAAUCACCCAGAUUGCUAAAUACACCUUCACAUUUAAUGGCUUCCUGGCAUCAGAAACCUCCACUAGCUUCAGGAUUUUUCUCUUAAAGCAAACACUGAAAAGAAAAAAAAAAUCAGUUAACUUGUUGCUAUCUUUUCUAAAAUAGCGUACAAUCUAUACAAACAUUGGUGGAAAAUUCUGCCAGUGAACAACUUUAAAAUGAGCACCUCCCAUUUGGAAGUAUAGACUAUCCGUCCUUGCUAUGACUAUUCUCUAUGCAACUACUUUCUUUUAGAUUAACAAUGCCAAUAGAGAUGAUUUGAUUUAUAGAUUGAUUUUAACAUUUUUCUGUCAUUAACUCAGGUUAAAAAUUUCUCUAUCUGAUAGCUUUAAUAACAAAACAAAAAAUGAUUGCGUAUUAUGUACACAUUUGCAUCAUUCGAGAUACAGUUUUCAUGCCAGCCUAUGUUCAUGGCUUUAACAACUUCCAGGGAAGAUAGUUGUGAUGCCUGCUCAUGAACAUCAUCAGUGUCACUUAAUUGCAGAUGUAAAAAAUGCUGAAUUGGCAAAUGUUUUGCUAUAUAUUUUUUUACUAUUAAAAAUAUAAUAUAAUUAAGGCAAUUAAAACAAGUAAUGAACACAUUAAAAUAAAUAAAUACAAACUUCUUUGGAUAUCCUGAACCCUAUUUUCUCUGCACUUCCACUCAAAGUCUGUAGGGGGCUAAAGAAGUGAUAACGGAAAAACGCGUUGCCGACGAGUCGAUUCCCACUCAGUGACACUGUAGGACACAGAACUGCUCCAGAGGGUUUCCAAGGAGCACCUGGGGGAUUCAAACUGCCGACCUUUUGGUUAGCAGUCCAACUCUUAACCACUACGCCACCAGGGUUUCCAAAGAAGUGAUAGUCUAAGGAAAAUGCUUCGUGAUAAAACUCAAAACCUGACAGCUCUGUGAAAUCAUCUUUGCAGUUCACUCUUCCCUUGAGCAGCUCCAGCGCUAACAUUUCUUGCUAUUUACCACAAGGAGGUGCUGUUGCCUCGUUUUCUUUCUGGCUCAGUCUUGGAACAAGGUUUCUUCUUCCCUUUACCUACUCUGGCUGGAACAGUUGAAACCAAAAACCAAACCUGAUGCCGAUUCCAACUCAUGGUGACCUCAUGUGUUAAAGUGAAAUAGUUAAGAGGUGGGGAGGAGACUUUGAUAAAGGCUCCCCCCACCCCGGUUGCCAUCAAGUUGACUCUGACUCAAGACAACUCUAUAGUGUGUCAGUAGAACUGCGCUCCGCAUAGUUUUCAAUGGCUGAUUUUUUGAAACUAGAUCUUCAAAUAUUUCUUCCAAGGAUCCUGUGGGUGGACUCAAACCUCUAACCUUUCAGUUAGCAGCCAAGUCCAUUAACCAUUUGCACCAUCCAGGGACUCCUUGGAAAACACUAUUGUUGUUAUGUGCCAUUGAAUUGAUUUCGAACUGCGGGUUUGAGUAGCCAAAAUUUGGUUAGCAGCUGAGCAUGUAACAAUUGUGCCACCAGGGCUCUUUGAAAAAGACAAGUCUAGCAAUUAAAAACCCAAAGAGGAACCAGGAAUUAGGCGGUCUGGCUUGAAAGCUAAUGGCUUACUCUCCACAUUCCACCAGGGACUCUGGGAAGGAAACCUUAUUUCCUGGGAGCAGGGGAGCCAAGAUGAAGGUUGAGCCACCUUAGCUGUCUGGGGACAGCAGCGUCUCGAGUCUGCGUUUUUUUCAUUUGUGUCCUGAUGCCUUUUGCCAAAGACCCUUUAAAAAAAAUAGUAGUAGACGCUGACUAAAUAGAGAAUAACUUGAUAAUAGCCAUCUCCAAGUGUAGUCCCGUUUUCAAUCCACACUAACCACAAAGCAGGAGUCAGCAUUCAUGCCCAUCCGCACAAAGAAAAUAUUCUUUAUAAAGCAUUAAUGAGUAAGAUAAGUUUUAUCAAAUAUUUCAGACGAAAAUUGUGAAGAGAGUUUACCACACAGAUCAUUCAGCCGUAAACUUAAAAUUUCAUCCGCAUUUUAGUUUUCCCCAUAGUUCCUCCUAUACCCAGCGCCAGCUUGAGUCAGGGGAGGGUCCACUUGACAAUUACCCAAGAGCCUUCACUCAGCUCCAGCUCUCUUUCUACUGUUACAGAGUUGCUUCUUCUCAGGCAGAAACUUGGGCUUUGCCUUCCACCCGAAGUGAGCUGACCAAAGCCCAUUUUCCACAAGGAGGUCCUUUGUAAAGAAAUACUCUUACCAGCUGUUCAGAGACUAAAACCCUCUCCAUACACCAUGAGAAAUAUUUCAUUUCAAAUGGGGUCACUCUUCCCUGAUACCAGCCUUUCUUCAUGGCCCCUUGUCCCUGGUAUACAGUAUCUCACCCUCCAUCUUGUCACUUUCAUCUAGCUGAAGAGUUCUAUUAAACCCUAAUCCAGCCAUGGAAUUUCUGAGAAGCAAAUUUCAUCCAGUUACUUGUGUCCCAAGGGCAACUUUGGUCUCUUGGUCCGGGCAUUAAGAAUUAAACCUUUCCUUCUAGGUACUUCCUGCCAGCGUGUCCUCUAAAUCACAGGAUACUUCUCUGGACCCUGGAUCCUUCUCUGGGUCCUUCGGGUUGGUUCAUCCUUUUUUUUUUUUUUCUCUCUUCGGGCCUUCCCCUUCAUAAGCCAGUUGCCCUCAAGUUGAUUCUGACUCAUAGUGACCCCAUGUGUGUCAGAGUAGAACUGUGCUCCAUAGCGUUUUCAAUGGCUGAUUUUUUGGAAGUAGAUCACCUGGGCUUUCUUUCGAGGUGCCUCUGGGACUUGAACCUCCAACCUUUCGGUUAGCAGCCAAGCACAGUAACUGUUUUUUUUUACCACUCAGGGACUCCUUCUUCAUACGGCCUAAGUGCUUAGAACAUUUUUCUUUUCCUCAUCCCAGCCAUUCUAUGUAGGAAAUAUUCUGUGGGGCAUCUCUGCUCAAAGGCAUAUUUCUUUACCAAAUUCAGGGAAAGUCAAUGCAUCAAGUGGAAGGCAAAAUUAACUAUAAUAGACAAAAAACUGAAAAGCAGCUUAAAUACAUCCUUUCUUCCUUCCACUGCCCCUGUGUUGGGUGGAAAAGGAGCCCUGGGGGCACAGUGGUUAAGCGCUCUGCUGCUAACUGAAAGGUCAGUGGUUCAAACCCGCCAGCUGCUCUGUGGGAGAAAGACAUGGCAGUCUGCCUCCAUAAAGAUUUACAGCCUUGGAAACUCCAUGGGGUAGCUCUGUUCUGUCUAAUAGGGUCGCUAUGAGUCGGAAUCAACUCAAUGGCAAUGGGUUACGGGGUGUUGAAUGGAAUAUAUCACACUCUGGGUAUCCAGUAUUAAGUUAAACAGACAUGGCUUCUUAUGCCAUAAAGCUUCAAUUCUAUCAAUAUAUAUUUAUAAAUUCCAUUAAUAUUUAACAAGAACUUAACAGUUUACUGAUGAGAAAUUUGUUGAUAGUUGAGUAAAUCAUUUCACAGCAAAAUAAGUAAUGGGUUGGGAUGUUGAGAUUAUGAGGGAUUUUUUUCCCAUUCUCCUUUUUUAUCAUGUUAUUAUAUUGUCUUAAUACAAAUCUGUCUGGAAGAAGUACAGCAAGAAUGCUCAUUAGAAGUGAGGAUGUCUAGACUUCAUCUCGUAUACUUUAGGCAUGUUGCCAGUCCCUGCAGAAAGACAUCAUGCUUGGUAAAGUAGGGGGUCAGAGAAAAGACGAAGACCCUCAAUGAGAUGGAUAGACAUAAUGGCUGCAACAACAGGCUCAAACAAUUCGUGAAGAUGGCACACGACUGGGCAGUGUUUCGUUCUGUUGUACAUAGGGUCACUAUGAGUGAGAACAAAUGGCACCUAACAACAACAAUAGCUUAUGUGACAUAAUUGAUAAACAAAAAAAGUGCUAACCUGAAAAUCUUAUGAGAGCAAAUGAAAGCCUCUUUUAAAGGACCCAGGAUCAGUUUUUGGAAACGAACAACUCCCGUUACUUUUCAGAUGCUUCCUGGCUUCCCUUUUAAAUGUGACCUCUGGUGGCUUGUCCUGAAAUUAGCAGGCAUUUCCAUCAGCACCCUUCACUUGAAAUGAUAGAACUUGGCUCCCUUCCUUUACAGCCCCCGCCUUUUUUUUUUAAAGUGACUCCACAUAAAAUGGUGGUAUUUCCCAAAGCAAAAAAUCAACACAAAUUUGAAGUUUAGCGUUGCAAUAAAUGUGGCAUGCCUAUAAAGUCACCAUAUUUUUGGCAUAUAAAACAGAUAAAAGAGAAGAGGACCCUUUCAAUGAUUGUUGUUUCCAGAAUUCCUAUACUUACAUGCUCACCUGCAUCUUACUGCUCCACUCAGAGGAUUUGCUUUUCUUGUGGUUGGGUGCCAUGUCCUUCCUUUUUGGUAAGGUCAGCUUGGUUCUUCUAGUCUUCUCUGUUGCCUUCUCUCACCAUUCCCCUCUCUAUUCUGGGUCCUGU